GAACUACGCAUCUUCAUCUUGGUGCUUGGAUGAGCUUGUAAAGAUUAUGGAGUGCCGGAAGACAAGUGAGCAUACUGCUUACCCUGUCUUUUAUGAUGUGGAACCCACUGAAGUCCGCAAACAAAGUGGGGAAUUUGGAAAAGCCUUUGCCAAACAAGAAAAGGAAGAGGCUGCUGAAAAAUGGAGAGAUGCUCUAAAAGAAGCAAGCGCUCUGGCUGGGUGGGAGUUGAAGAACACUCUUGAUGGGCAUGAAGCUAAAUUUAUCCAAGAAAUUGUUCAAGAGAUCUCACUAAGGUUACGAUCCAUCAAUUACAGCUUUGAUCCAAAAUUAGUAGGCAUUGGGGCUCGAAUAAGGGAUGUUGUUUCAUCUUUAGAAACCGGUAUUGAUGAUGUUCGUAUGAUUGGAAUCCUUGAGGCAAAUGCAGGAUGUUUCAUUAAUCUUACAUAGGCUAAGGUUCUCAUUAAUCAACUACGACUCUUCAAUUUUUGUCAUUAAUUAAUAAAUGGACCUUGGAUCUUUCAGCUUGUAACAGAAUUGUUGAUAUGAUUCUGUUUGUUCCAUGUAUUCUUUAUCUAAGCAUCAUACUCUGCUCUAUGAGUAAUUA